AUGGGGCCGCUCAUGGUUUUCCGGUGUUCGCUUCCUCUCCUUUCUGUGACUGUUCUGGCCUUCGUCCUCGUCCUCUUUUCUCUCCCUUCUGAGGCACUCUCGCAGGGGGCUCGCAGCUUCCGGACCUCGAUCCAGACUGACCUCUUGACGCUGCCUUCGUCGGUGCGGCAUUUUUCAUUUUCUCAGCCCCGUCUGUCCGGAAUCAAUCCAUUCCUUGUCUCCCCGCUGCUCGAACUUCACCAGCCAGGCCUCGCGUCUCCGCCCUCUUCACCAGCAGCCCGUGCCUCAUCCAUCUCAGCUUCUCGUGCUCCCUCUUCCUCUCCUAUUUGUUGCGUGGUGCAUGCUCGGUCGGCGCCCAACUCUCUGGCUGCAUCAUUGCGCCCUCUACAGCACACCCAUUUUUUCUCCUCGCCUUCUUCUUCUGUAUUCGUCACGCGUAUGCGGGCGAGACACCUGGGAGGUGCGCCGCUACGUCGCCCAGCCCUGCGCGCUUCAGCGUGCGGAAAGAAACCCACGUUCGCCGGAAGAUGCAGAUCGCAGCGCCUCUGCCGUUCGCUGGCGUGGGCGGGUAAACGCCAGGCUCCAACACCCCGUGCGUUCCUGUGUGUUCUGCAGACACGCGCCGAGCUGCCCUCUCCUUGCCCCCAGGCGAGGCAGCGAGCGCUGGGGAUCGCGACACCGAGGAGCGACCGCGAAGGAGAUGUCAAGAACUCCACUUCGGUCACAGGCACAGACGCCUGUGUGCGAGGCGCUGAGGCGGCACGAAGGAGCGGAAGCUUCCGUCUUGCCUCGGCGCAGUUUCGGGCUCUCCGACAGCUCCGUGUGGGGCGGGCAACGGACCAGUCAUCGCCCACACGCGGCGGACGUGCUUUCAGCGCAGCAACGAUCUUGCGAAGCGAAUGCGUCCGCGCGGGAGCCGCCAGACGGGAGGUCCUUGAAGAAGACGAGACGCGGAGGCGAAGCGCGGAGACGGGUCGCUGCGCUGAAGAGGCGCGGCGAGGCGCCAGAAGAGGCCUGGGCUCUUUUGAGAUGAACGUCGCGCCGCCUGGAACUGCGUUUGAAGCCAAGGUGGCUGAGUGCAGAGACAACCCGAUCGACACGAUGCCAUGGGAGCACGUCGUGCCCUUCUACAAGGUUCACAAAAAAGAAGACAACUUCUGGCUUCAGUUUCUCAAGGGCAACUGGACCUAUGUGGACGCGCGGAAAAUGCUGGACAAACCCGCAGGUCUGAUUGACGGGGGCCCCGCGGUGUACGAUGGCCUGGGUACGACGCUGCCUAUGAACCCGCUCGCUAAAGACCGCCAGCGAGAAAAAGCCUUUCCUCAGCACCUCGACCACGGCGUGCGCUUUCGAGAAGCCGUCGACCGGCCGCACCGCAUCAUCUACGACCGCAUUCCCUGCGGGAACUCGGAUGUCUACUAUGGAGAGACAGACAUCGAUCUGGAAGAGAGACUGUGGGGUGCCUUCCACCACACACGCGCGACUGAGGAGGGCUUUCCGGACUCCGGCUGGAGAGACAUUCUUCCGCAGUACGAUAUGAGCGAGAUGCCGAAUCCCUGGACACACACAAAGGGCGAGUUCAUCGAAAUGCCUUACAACUCCCGAGACCCUUCGGCAGGGCCGCCCGUUGCGCCGAUCGAGUUCGACUUGGCUGCAGCCGGGAGAUUCGGCGGCUACUUCCUUGAUCCCGGCUGGACACGUCAUUUCGACUACGUGGAGCAGUACAACGAGAUGAAGCGGUGGCAAGAAGACGAGGCGGGAGCCGCGGACACCACGGACGAGGCGCCGGAGGAGGGAGAGAAGAAGAAGCGAAAGAAACAACGCAAGUCUCAGCUGCUCGACAAACCCAUGUUCCGGGAGGCCUACGAGCGAGGCCAGCUCCUUAUUAAAUCGAGAUAUGAGGACAUUCGGAAUCAUCCGGUGUAUAAGAAAGCGAUUUACGAGGGGGCGACGCACGAGGCGGCGUCGAUCGCGGCGAACCGCGCGACCGAGGAGACUAUCGUGGACAUGUGGCGUGGCAUAGACGUGGCCGCAGACCUCCCCAAGGUCGGCAGGUACGACCAUGAAGGCGGCGGAAAGUGGAACUGCGAAGACGGCGAAGGCCAGACGAUCGCCAUCAACAUGUUUGGCGAAGACAUCGUCCCCCACGCAAACUGCUACAUGUCCCCGAAGAUGACGACCGAGGAAAUGGCUGAGCUGUGGCACUACUGGAUGACGGAGUCGCACCGCGAGGGCCGCUACACCGACUUCCACUCUGAGAUCGGCUGCUACUCGGACAUUGAAUACGAAGACCGAAACUACAGGAAGAAAUUCCCGCGCCUGAUGGCGCUGUACAGACCCUUGUGGACGCAUCGCAAGUUCGGCGACGAGUUCGGGGAUGCUCUGCGACCGGACGAGGCUCCUUCGGAUGACGUGUUGACGCAGUUUGGCGCACCGCUCAUGUCUUCGUCGCGUCUCCUCCGGCGGGCGGCAGCCCGCGUGAAGCACCGCGGGGACUCGCGACCUCUGUGCGCGCUUUCGGUAGAUGAAGACCAACUUUUCGAUGAGGCGUUCGAUUUCAGCGAGCGAGACGCUUCUCGUCUGCGUCGCGCGCGGCUUUCGCGGCACGAACUCUCUAGGCUCGCCCGCCAAGAGGGAGCAGGGAGAUUACCAGGCAGAGGAGACAGCGCGGACAAGGGGGGCGCCUUGUCGCGGGCGGGUCGCGGCCUUCGGGGCCGGCGUCAGUAUGAGGCCGCGGACGAGCGCGGAGGGGGCGAGGAGAGAAGACCACGAGUUGACUCUGGCGAGAGAGACGCGGAGGACAGACGUAGCCACGGAGAGAGACGCGCCGACGGAGACGAGUGUGAAGCGUAUGAAGAGCAGGGAGAGACGACCGUGGAAGAAAACGACCUCGAGGAUCAAGCGAGCAGGUGGGCAGACAGUCCCGAGGACGCGCAGGCCACGGCAGAGGACGACGAGGCAGAAAACGAGGAUCUGAACUUCUUGGACGAAUACGAUGACCUGUGGUGGUUCGAUCGCGGGCGCCCCUACGGGGCCACCACUCUUGCGUAUAGAGGCCCGGCCGUGGUCGCCGAUGUCGUUCACCGGUCACCUUUGGGAGGGCGCGACCGCCACGGAAAGGCUCGAGAGCCACGUACAAGGAAUUUGAAUACCCCGCGAUUGGAAUAG